GAAGAAGAAAGAACCCACCACAAUACAAGCUAAAGAUUUAAGUUGUAGGAUAAGAAAAACACCAGGUCUUUUACUUUUAUUUCUCUAACUUGCAGAAAGGUAGGCAAAACAGAGAAAAACUGUUUUCUCUGGUUUGCUUUUAAAUUGGAGCUGUCGUCAAACUGGCGUCUGUUUAAUACACAAGAAGCUGCCUUAAGCUAACAGUGAGUGGGUGAACAACAAAGACCUCAGCUGCUCACAGUGGUGGUCAAAGUGUUGUAAGUGGACAGGAGACACCGACCCGGCUGACAUGACGGGGAUGGCUUCUCCAGAAAAGGCGUCGGGCUCCAAGAAGAAGACCGAGAGAAAAUGUGCCACCAAGGAGGAGUACAGACAGCUUUCCAGCGUCAUGGGGGGCAUGAACAUCCUGAGGAAACAGGGAACCCUGUGUGACGUAACCUUGGUGGUUCAGGGGAAGCACUUUUCUGCCCACAGAGUAGUGUUGGCUGCUGCUAGCCACUUCUUUAGCCUCAUGUUCACCACCAAUAUGAUGGAGUCGAUGUCUCAUGAGGUGGAGCUCAGAAGUGCUGAGCCUGAGAUAAUUGAGCUGUUAAUUGAAUUUAUCUACACAGCACGAAUUUCAGUGAACAGUAGUAACGUCCAGUCAUUGUUGGAUGCAGCCAACCAGUACCAGAUUGAGCCUGUGAAGAAGAUGUGUGUAGAGUUCUUAAAGGGACAGAUUGACGCCACAAACUGCCUGGGUAUCUCGGUCCUGGCAGAUUGCAUGGACUGCCCUGAGCUAAAGGCAGCAGCCGAGGACUUCUUCCAGCUCCACUUUACUGAAGUCUACAAACUCGAUGAGUUUCUGCAGCUGGAUGUUUCACAGCUCACACAUCUGCUGCACCAGGACAAACUCACCGUCCGUGCUGAGGCCCAGAUUUAUGACGCUGCAAUGCGCUGGCUAAAGUACGACGUGUGCAACAGACAGCAGUACAUGGUAGAGGUCUUGGGAUGUGUUCGCUUUCCCUUGGUUUCAAAAACUUUCCUGUCAAAGACAGUGCAGGCUGAGCCGUUCAUUCAGGACAACCCACAGUGCCUGAAGAUGGUCAUCAGUGGAAUGUGCUACCAUCUGCUGUCCCUGGAGGAUCGGGAAGACCUGGGAGAGAGUAGCCGACCCAGACGCAAGAAGCACAACUACCGCAUUGCUCUUUUUGGAGGCUCCCAGCCACAGUCCUGCCGCUACUUCAACCCCAAGGAAUCCAGCUGGACAGACAUUCGCUGCCCCUUCGAGAAGCGCCGGGAUGCCACAGCCGUCUUCUGGGACAAUGUUGUCUAUAUUCUGGGUGGCUCACAGCUCUUCCCUAUCAAGCGUAUGGACUGCUACAAUGUCUUGAAGGACAGCUGGUACUCCAAGCUUGGCCCACCCACACCACGCGACAGCCUGGCUGCCUGUGCUGUCCAGGGCAAGAUCUACACAUCAGGGGGCUCUGAAGUAGGUAGCUCAGCCUUAGACCUUUUCGAAUGCUAUGACACAAGGACAGAGACUUGGCAGGUGAAAUCCAGCAUGUUGAUGGCCAGGUGCAGCCACGGUUCAGUGGAGGCCAACGGGCUCAUCUACGUCUGCGGGGGAACUGUGGGCAACAAUGUCUCUGGCAGGGUCCUCAACAACUGUGAGGUCUACGACCCAGCUACGCAGCAAUGGAGGGAGCUAUGUGGGAUGAGAGAGGCGAGGAAGAACCAUGGGCUGGUGGUGGUCAACAACAGGAUCUAUGCUGUUGGAGGACAAGGGGCACUGGGUGGACUGGAUUCUGUGGAGUACUACGACAUUGCCAGUAACGAGUGGCGUGCUGCCUCUGCGAUGCCGUGGAGAGGUGUAACAGUGAAGUGUGCAGCAGUUGGUGAAGUCAUUUAUAUUCUGGCAGGCCUACAAGGAGUGGGGCGACUCGGACAUGUGCUGGAGUACCACACUGAUACUGACAGGUGGGUGACCUGCAGCAAGGUGCGAGCAUUUCCUGUCACCAGCUGCCUGAUCUGCGUAGUCGACACAUGUGGAGUCAACGAAGAUGAAGACAUGGACCUAAUAGACUCUCAGGCAUCUGCUGCCUCUUCCUCAGCCUCAACCUCAACCAAAUAAGGCUGGUUGAGCAUUCAUUGUACAGCCAUUAGGCCUUCGUUCAACUAAGGAGCCAGAUCUGCCUUCACAAGAAGUGUCAUCUGUAUUUGUGUGUGUGUGUGUGUGUGUGUGUGUGUGUGUGUGUGUGUGUGUGUGUGUGUGUGUGUUCAUGUUAAAUUUUCAAACAGUGGCAGAUAGAAUGGUCCUUUAUAUUAGAGACAGGCCUCCUCUACGUUUACCCAUUGUGUCAAUUUCCUCAAUAUUUAUUCAGUAACAGACUGAGGAGCAUACAUUUGAGUAAUAUUAUAUUAUGGAUAUCAAUGUGUAAUGUUGAUGACAAUUGGUAUGCUUUCAUAAAAAAAGGGCUCUAAAUACAAAAACAAUUUCUGUUAAAAAUAUUUUAAUUAUUUAGACUUUCAUUCUUUUGAAUACUGAUAUUAAAAAAUGUUAGAAAGCUAAAAUAUGACAAGAAUGGGCUUUGGACAAAAUGACAAAAGAAAUCUGUACAUAAAAAGCAGGCAGCUUUACAAAUGGAGAUUAAAAUAGUGCAAUAAAAUUACAGGUACAGACGUUCUGUAGUAAAUAUUUA